AUGCAGUCGUCCGAAGGGACAAACCGUCCAUUGCCGAUGAGCGUUCUCAACAUCAACGAUUUGCCAGACGAAACGCUGCUGGGCGUGUUGCAGUGUCUGCCGCCGCACGAGCUGCUGACGGCCGAGCUCGUGUGCCAGCGCUGGCGCGGGGUGGCGACAGACCACGGCAACGUGCUAUGGCGCCCCCUCUUCGACAGCUCGCCCUACUCGCGCUGGUGGCUGCCCUUCCGCCCGUCUCACGACUUCACGACUCUCAAGGAAUCCAUGGAGAGUAAACAACAGAAGAACAACAAGAAGGUAAUCGAUUACAAGUGGGAGUACCUGAUAAAGAGCCGGUGCACUGAGCGCUGGCUCAAGUUCGCCUCCUUUCGUCGCGUUAGCCGUGGCUUACGAGACCACGGCGAUGACUACGGCGGCGUCGUCAAGUGGUCGCGCAACGAAACAGCGGCCGGUGGCCUGGGUCCCGACCGCAUCGCCAUUCGCGCCGUGCUCGUCGGCGGAGGCAGCGUCGGGUGCCACACGCUCUCCUCGGCUCUGGGCAAGCUCUUCCCGGGCGCGUGCGUUUCGCUGGACCAGGGGAUGGACGUGCUGACGAACCCGCUGUCGCGCGUCCAGCUGGUCAUCACCCGCGACGAGGAGGUGGAGGCCGAGGCGUUGCUCGCCUACCGGCGCGAGGUGGCCGGCACGCCCUUCACCUUCGGCCCGCUGCCCCUCGAGGUCGAGCUCGAAGGACGAUGCGAACUGGUGCGGAACGAACUGUUCGAGAGCGCGCGGCCGACAGUGGUGCUGGCCGCGUUCUCGCUGGAGAACUUCCGCUCGUUCAACGAACUGCGCGACAAAGUGCUGCCGGCGGUGCGCACCCGAUUCAACGACCUGCCCGUACUGGUCGUGGGCACCAAGUCCGACACCCGGCACCCCAGCGCACUCGACUCCUUCUUUCACGUUUCCGGCGCCGGCCCUGACUACCAACAAGGCGUGGCGCUGGCCUACGAGCUCGGGGCCAAGGACUACGUCGAGUGUUCCAUCCUGACCCGCGAGGGCCUCGGGUCAGUUUUGGGCGCCACGGCCGAACUCGGUGUGCGGCACAUGCUGCAGUUCUUUGCGCGCACGGACCUGGAGAGCCGACCCACGGGGCUGCGGUGGGCGGGCGAGGAGGACGACCAAACGGAGGUCCACGAGACCAUCCGCUGCAAUGGCUGUGGGGUGGCGCCGGUGGUGGGGAACUGUUACAAGUGUGACACGUGUCCCGACUACCACCUGUGCCAGACGUGCUUCCAGGGCAAGACCCACAACCCCGACCACACCUUCAAGCUCUGGCACACCAAGAAGAGGCGCCUCAUCAAACGCUCGUUCACCGAGGACGAAGAGGGAGAAGACGAAGGGGAAGCGGGCAAGGCGGAGGCCUCCGAGGAGACGGCGCCGCUGGCCGACCUGAUGGAGGCGGCGGAGGCGCAGGGGAGGAACGAGGCGGCGGCGGAGGAGGUGCGAAGGGAGAAGGAGGAGAUCAAGAAGAAGGGGAGCGAGUCGUUCAAGAAGACCGGCCUGGGCGACAGCUGGAAGGAGAGCGUGGAGGACAUCUUCCGCAUGUUCUCCAAAUCGCCUGAGUCCAAGGGGGCCAAGCGCAAGCGCGCCUCGCCACCAGACGACACCGUCGUAUCCGCCACAACUUCUGCAUCGUCAUCACCACCACCAUCAUCAAGCCCCGCCGCAGUCAAGAAGGCGCGAACAGACAGCAGCGAAGAAAAAUAA